AUGGAGGGGGGUUCAACGCCGGUCCAAGAAAUCCGCGCGGAGCUCCGAGAAAUGAUGUGUACGCCGGUUUCUGAUCUUCUAGAGCUGGGGCAAUGCAGACUGCGCGCCAGCGUCGCUACCCACGGCAGCGCAAUCAGCGCGUGCCAGCAGGAGGGCCAGUGGGAGCGGGCCGUCCUGCUGCUCGCAGAUCUGAGGCAGAGCGGUCUGGAAGCAGAUGCUGUAUGCUACAGCGCGGCGAUCAGCGCGUGCGAGGAAGUUGGACAGUGGCUGCAAGCUCUGCUGCUGUUGCGGGAGAUGAUCUCAGCACGGGUACGUGCCGAUAUUGUUAGCUACAGCGCCACUAUGAGCGCCUGUGGGAAAGGGGUGCAGUGGCGGCAGGUGUUCGUCUUGCUCGAUGAGCUCAGAGAGUCGAAAUUACGUGCUGACGUCUUCAGCUACAGUGCUGCGGUGACUGCGCUUGAGAAGGAAGGGCUUUGGCAGCAUGCGUUGAGUUUGAUCGGUGAGUCGAAGCGACUGAAAUUGGAAGCCGAUGCGUUGUGCUAUUGUGGCGGGGUCAUUGCAUGCCAGCGGGGUCGACAAUGGCAGCCUGCGCUUUCACUGCUAGCAGAGUUUCAGCGAGUCAAGCUUGAGCAGAACGAGGUGAGCUACGGCAGCGUGAUCAGCGCGUGCGAGCAAUGCCAGGAAUAG